CUAUCGUUUCCCACUGUUCCCAGUUUCCACAUGGCCACAUCCCACUGUUUCCAGUCUAUUAUAAUAUCUWAAUUCUUAGUUCGUGCCGUUCGUGGAUUGUGCUAACGUUUAUAGGUUUGCAAGAGCCUUUUUUUUUUGUUCUAAUCAAGUUUACUGUUAUCAGUUGUUAUCAAAAUCUGGAAAACUGUAUCCGUCCCACUAUAAUGAUCGUUUUAUUUGUAACAGUAAUUAUUACUAUAACUGUGUUUUCUCCUGCGGACUCUGCAAACAUCUUAGCUGUGAUCCCUCAUCAAGGUUWUAGUCAUAAUUUGGUUUACCAACCAUAUAUCCAAGAACUCGCGAACCGAGGACACAACAUUACUGUUAUUAGUAACUAUCCCCUAGAACAUCCAAACAUAAAUAAUGUAUCAAUUAGAGGAUCAGUACCUUUUACAAACAACCAAAAAAAUAUCAGUCAUACAGAAGACAGUUCAAUGAAUGAAGUACAAAGAUCAAUAAAUAUGAUUUGGAGUUUUUAUAACAAUGGAAAAAUGUAUGAAGCCAUGUUUACAGUAGAUGGUGUGAAGAAAUUAUUAAACAGUUCUUCUACAUUUGAUUUACUUAUUACAGAACAUUUUAAUAAUGAAUUGUUUUUGGUUUUUGCUCUCAAGUUCAACAUACCUUUUAUACUUCUGAGUAGUUGCAACUUGUUGCCUUGGAAUCAGCAUGUGAUAGGACAGCCAUAUUCAUUAGCCAAUAUACCUUCAACAUUGUCUAGUCUAGGCACAAAAAUGAACUUUUAUGGCAGACUUGUAAAUACCAUUUCUCAUACAGUACAACUACUUGGAUAUAAACUGUUAUGUCGGACUAGAGACGAAGCAAUCAUCAAACGAAAUCUUGACAUUGAAAUUUCAUUGAACCAAUUAAUUUUGAAUGCUAGUUUGAUCAUGGUUAACACUCAUUUUACAAUGUUAGAAUCUAAACCGUUAGUACCAGCUGUUGUGGAAAUUGGUGGGAUACACAUAAUGCCAAUCAAACCUUUGCCUAUAAUUAUUUUAUUAAAGACUGUAAGACAUUGGCCUCCAUCAAUACAAAAUUCCCAAAUGGUAGAAUGGUUAAAGCAUUAAGUGAUUUGAAAUAUUACUAGAUCAAAUUUUGUUGUGCACAUAGAGGAAGCUACAAAAAAAAAAUACACUUGAUCAACGUUCCACAUUGUAAGUACAUAAUAUGUUUUAUUAUUUAGUUACUAGCUAUUGYCUAUUAUUUACUUGUUAUUAAGUUGUAAAAGUCAAGAUAAAAUAUUAAAAUGUUUGAAGUACAAUGCCCCAAGGCUGUAAAGCUGGGGCAUUUAUUAUUAUUACAUAAUUUAAAAUUAUCAGAUGAUGGAAAAUCUCUGGCCAUAUGACAAUAACAAAAAUGACCGAGGACCACAACCAUGAGGUUUCCAGGGUAUUAACAGUCAUCUCCCUAACUAAAGAAAAAUCACACCCGAAAAUAAGGCUACCUACUGUAUUGGAGCUGAUGGGCCUUAAGAGGACGUGAUAACCRCAUGUGUUGUCUCCGUCUUACAAGUGCGUAACAUAGUACAUUUUUCGCUCAGCAGAACACGUGUACUGUGUAGCUUUGUUAGCCCUAAAAAUUAGAGUGAACUGACUUUUUAUAAAAUUUAAAGUUAA